AUGGGUUUCUCAAAAAUCAAAUCUUUCGGCGAUUUGGGUUUCACCAUUUGUGGCCGAUUGGGUCGGUUCUCGGUUGAUUCCAUGAUUGUUCUUACUCAAGCUGGGUUUUGUGUUAGCUAUCUGAUUUUCAUUUCUUCCACUUUGGCUUUUCUCGCCGCCGGUGACUCUACCGGAGAAACGAUUCCGGUGUUUUUGGGUUUCACUCCGAAGGUUUUGUUCCUUUGGGGGUGUUUUCCUUUUCAAUUAGGCUUGAAUUCGAUUAAGACUUUGACCCAUUUAGCUCCUUUGAGUAUUUUUGCUGAUGCUGUUGAUAUAAGUGCCAAGAGUGUUGUUAUGGUGGAAGAUGUUUUUGUUUUCAUGAAUAAUAGGCCUAGUUUAGAUGCUUUUAAGGGUUUCUCUGUGUUUUUCUAUGGGAUAGGUGUGGCUGUUUAUGCUUUUGAAGGGAUAGGAAUGGUUUUGCCUUUGGAAAGUGAGACUAAGAAUAAGGAGAAGUUUGGUAGGGUGUUAGGUUUAGGGAUGGGUAUGAUUUCUCUCUUGUUUGGUGCUUUUGGUUUGUUGGGUUACUUUGCUUUUGGUGAAGAAACUAAGGAUAUUAUUACUACUAACUUGGUCAAGGUGUUUGAGAGAAGGUUUUGGGAUUCUAGGUAUUGUUUGUGGUUGAGGUGGUUGUUGGUUUUGGUUGUGAGUUUGGUGGCUCUUUUCGUGCCUAAUUUUGCUGAUUUUCUUUCACUUGUUGGAAGUAGUGUUUGUGUUGUUCUUGGAUUUGUGUUGCCUGCUUUGUUUCAUUGUAUGGUUUUCAAGGAGGAGUUGGGUUGGAGAUGCAUGGUUUCUGAUGGGGCUAUUAUGGUUUUUGGGUUUGUUGUUGCUGUUUAUGGAACCUAUAGCUCUGUGUCAGAGAUUCUUUCUCCUAAGGCGUGA